CCGCAUCUUCACAGAAAAUGGAAGAGGUGAAGCUACUAGGAACAUGGCCUAGUCCCUUUUGCUACAGAGUCACAUGGGCUCUAAAGCUAAAGGGUGUUAAGUAUGAAUAUGUGGAAGAAAAUCUCAUGAACAAGAGUGACCGUCUUUUACAGUAUAACCCAGUUCAUAAGAAGAUCCCGGUACUCGUUCAUGGCGGAAAACCAAUUUCAGAGUCUAUUGUUAUUCUUGAAUACAUUGAGGAAGUUUGGCCACAUAAUCCAUUGCUUUCAGAUGAUCCUUAUGAGAGGGCCAUGACUCGGUUUUGGAUUAAGUUUGGAGAAGACAAGACUGCAAUUUUUAGGGCAUAUUUUCAAUCGGUUGGUGAAGAACAUGAUAAGGCAAAAAGAGAAGCGCAAGAAGUGUUGAAAACAAUAGAAGAACAUGGGCUUGGGGAGAAGAAGUUUUUUGGAGGAGACACAAUUGGGUUGGCAGACCUGACAUUUGGAUGGCUAGCCGGUUGGCUAGGAGAGAUGGAAGAAGCAGCUGGUGUCAAGUUGCUAGAGCCUAAUCUGUUUCCUCACUUGCAGACUUGGAUCAAAAACUUCAGAGAUGUCCCUGUGAUCAAAGAAAACCUUCCUGAACAUGAUGCAUUGCUGGCCUAUUUCAAAUCCCUAGGAGAGAAGUUUACUGCAUCAGCAAGAACAUAGAUACAUAGAGAUUUUAGGAUUCGGCAAUGGGCGGGUCCGCUCAUACAUAGCCGACCAAAAUGGGCUUUGACCAAUUGGGUUUAGAUCGUUUCUUUUCGAUCCAUGAAUCACGAGGCAAAUGCUGAAUAAUUUUAGAUGGGUGAGAAAAAU